AAGGGAGAGUUAGCCAGUGAUUACGAUUCCUACCUGACCCCACGCAGCCGUUAUACUGCCUGCCUGCAAGAGCUAUGGAGUGGACACUAACUGUUCUAGCUUUAGCCUUUGUUGGUGCAUUAGGCGCAGAAUGGAAAUAUGAGGGUGAACAAGGUCCCAACGCAUGGAAAGACAUUCAGAGCAACUGUGGCGGCCGCGCUCAGUCUCCUGUCAACAUCGACACUUCCAACCUGAUCUUUGACGAGUUCCUUGCUUCAGAUCCCUUCAUAUUCCACGGCUAUGACAGCGCUGAUAAUCUGGGCAUAACCAUGUCUAACAGUGGACAUUCAGUCCAGCUUACGUUCACCGGUGAGCAACGUUUUCUAACCGGAGGUAAUCUACCAGGCAUCUACAACCUUCUGCAGAUUCACUUCCACUGGGGAAGCUCUAGCAAUCAGGGGUCUGAGCACGCCUUAAAUGGCAAAUUCUUCCCAAUGGAGAUGCACGUGGUUCAUACCCAUAGCAAGUACAACGUCUCUGAGGCUUUGGAGGCGCCCAAUGGGCUAGCCGUCCUUGGUUUCUUCUUUGAGAUAAGCGAUUAUGACAACGCUGCAAUGGAACGGCUUCUGGACCAUUUUAACUAUGUGAUAUAUAAAGGAGGAAAGAUUGAGUUGAAGCCGUUUCCGAUUGCCUCUUUGAUGGUAGAGGACGUUUGGAACUUUUACCGGUAUCAAGGAAGUUUAACAACGCCCGGUUGUUACCAAAGCGUUAUCUGGACAGUCUUCAACCAACCAAUCAUGAUUUCUGAGAGACAGAUGGAAAAAUUCAGAAUGCUACAAGAGUACGAACCUGGUUCAGGGAAAGUGGAUUAUAUGUCCGACAACUUCCGACCUCUACAGAAACUAAACGGGAGGCCACUCUACACGACGGACUACAGUCAGGACAGAUGGGGCUCAGUUUCUGGUGCAAGUGCGUUCACAAUUUCCUGGACCACUGCUCUUCUUGUAUACGGGAUUUACACGUUUCUGUGAUGCGAGGAAAUUGUCUGAAGAGAAUGGUUUAUAUUCUAGCCUAGUAAAACGUCAUACUUCUGUGAUUGAAGGACAACGAUGACAAAAUCGAUGGCUUUGUUAUCCGCAAGUUAACUUCCUAUGUCACUGUUUGGCCGGAUGUGUGGUAUCCCAUGAUGCUGUUGGAUGUUCCGUCGAAUUUCCGUUCACGUGUAUCCUGUCAACGAUUGAAGAAUUUUCCCUACAAUAGUCAGUUCUUUUCAAGAAUGUCUCCACUUCUGACAGACUGUCUCUUUCGCAGACUUACAAAACGGAACAAACCAUUCACGAUUUGUAACCAGCGUGGACGGACAUAGUGAAAAUAGCACAAUGAUAGUUUAAGAAGUAGCCGCCAGAGAUGUAGAAUAGCUACAGGUAGUUUAGGUUUUAGUUUUCUAGAAACUUUUUGGUUGUCAUACUUUACCAGUGCACACAUUGACUGAAAAAAAAAUUUUAUCACGUAGAUUGUAACACCAGGUCUCUAUGAUUGGCAUAAAAUCAUAAAACAAUAUAACUGUCAAAUAGUUUUAGCUUCCAAAAAAAGGAAAAAAGCUUUUUUUAGGCGGGGACAUAAGGUUUUAUAUUUCACUUAAUUUUGGAGUAUUCUGUUAUAGGACUUUUAUCGUUCCUUGUUCCGAAUUGCAUUGUAAUUAGCUCCCAUCAAAAGAACGUGUAGAGCCUGUCUUUUCUGACGUUUUCGUCAGUUAUGUUUUCCUAAACAUACUCACAUCUUGCAAACUGAUUCGACGGGAAGAAUGAAGGUCAUAGGUUAUAUUGAGUAUGUGAUGCGCCUAAUUGUGAUACUAUUAUAUAGAUUGAUUUUUAUAUUUUAAAAUCCGAAAGGAUCUAAAUAUCAUAAAAAAAUUAUCAUCCAUAUUUCAAACAGAAUGACAAUGAGAAAAUAACAAAACAGUAUAAAAUGAAGAAAUUUAAUUAAAAAUUAGCUGGGAGGCUUGUAACCCCUUUAUUAUCAUCUGUAAUAUGAUUUAUUCAUUAAAUGUACCAUUUAAGAGAACCCAUGUUAUCAUGUGUAACUUUCAAUUUCAUUAAAUACAGUAUUUUUAAUGUAAUAAAUAAGAAUUAAAAUUAAUGAAAA